UCGCCACGAUUCCACGCCGCCCCUUGAUUGAUUGAUUGAUCUUUCCCCCAACUAACAUUUCAUACUUACCCCGCUAUCAUGUAAAAUAUUUAUUUCGCAUCCCUCCCCCUUGCCAUUAAUCUUAUAAAACAGGUGCCCCCUCUUGCAAUUUACCAUGUAAUUAUGAAUAAAUCAUCACUGUCUCUUCGAAUGGAAAUUUGUUAUAGAGCGCACUUGCAUUUUUGCUAUUUUCUGCGAUUUUUUUCUGUUGAAAGAACAUUCAGUUCAGAUUUAUUUUUAUUUUUUGCGUUCUCGGCUUACGCAUCAGCGAAAGUUUAUGCACGAGUUGCGAAAUUCUAUGCAGGUGGUGCAGAAUUCUAUGCAAAAGGUGCGCAAGUCUAUUCAGGAGUUUCAUUUUAUGGAGGAUUUUUAACUUCACGUAGGAAUUUUCACUUCAUUUUCAAUUUACGCCGAAGUUUCACUUCACACACUGAGAAAAAAGAACGACAGCUCACGUGAAGUGAAAAAUAUUUUUAAUAUUAAAUAUAUUUUUUAAUAAAUGAGAGCAAAAGUUCACGCAGCGGCUGAUGUGGUGUUUCCACGUGAGCUUGCCACGUCAUCCAUCCGCCCGUCUUUGAUCCGAUGACCUUCCCGGAAAAGUUCAGUUUUAAAACGUUUUUCGUUCAGUCGUAGUCAUCUUCUGCCUGACAAUGAGUUCUUCUGCCGAUUCGCUUACGGACGGCAUUCAACUUCUCCGCCUCGCCGAAAAGCAUCAACACUCGUCUCUUCUGACUCCGCCACCGUCGGAUGACUCUCAAAAGUCGCUGAAAUCCACUUCAAACCACUCGGAUCAGGAGAUGUCGAAGAAUCUGCACGAUGUCGAAGCCUACAUCGAUGCGCUGAAAGGCGAGAAGCAUCAGCUGGCUCAAUACUCUAGCGGCGGCUUCAACCAUGUCUUCAACUUGAUCGACAAGGAGAUUCAGAAAGUCGGAGGAAACGAUGCUCAUGAUGGUGGCUCACAAAUGAGUGGCGAUGGUUCGAUGCUCACGGAGACUAUCAUGGUUCCAGUAGAAAAGUUUCCCGAUUACAACUUCGUUGGAAGACUUCUUGGACCACGUGGAACAACUGCAAAGCAGCUCGAAGUGACAACUGGUUGCCGCAUCACAAUCCUCGGAAGAACCAAGAGAGAUGGAUCAAGCUCGAAUCCCGAUGUCACUACAGGUCCAUUGAGAGUGCAAAUUUCUGUUCCAGCAGAUAUGCCGCAAGCUGCAAAACUCUUGAAAGGUGGCGUCGGUCACAUUCAAGCAAUUCUUGAUGUACCAACUGACGGUAACGACGAGCUGAAGCGUCAACAAUUGCUCAUUCUUGCCAAUAUGAAUGGUACCUACCAACCUCGCGGCUCAGCCACAUCUCCAGGAUCCGGCGACUAUGGGCAUCCGUUCCAGAACCUGCUUCCAUACGGUUAUCGUCUGCCAGGCAACAGCCCAAGCCACCAUGAGUCAAAGAACGACUGUUACAAUCCAAAGUGUGCGAUGAUGAGAAGCUUUAUUGAGCAUUCCAACAACAAUCAUAGCUCAAUGCAAAAAAUGGAUGAUGUAUUCCAUAUGAUGCACAUGUACGAGCUCAUGAACCGCGUCCGUAUCGCCAAUUCCCAUCUUUUCGGACGUCCAGAAGACAUCAGCAAGGCCCAGGAAAUUGGAAAUCGCAUGUGCUCAUCGAUCAAUGCUCCACGUGCUCGAUCCUCCAACUCCACCACCACCACAACCACCACUCUGCCACCUCGUCGUUUCUUCAACACGAAACCACGUCCAUCAUACCAAGCUAAUAACGAAUCCAACAACGCUAACAAGUAACCAGAUGUAAUUAUAAUUACCUACACCAUCCCCUUAUUCCUGUAAUCAUUUCUUGUUAAAUUAUUUAUGCUCCAUUCCCCCGUUUGAUUGUUCAUAUUUCUUUCCGAAAUCCGAGCACUUCUCCAUUUUCUUCAUCUAAAAUUUAAAAAAGUAGGCUUGAAGCCAGUGUUUGUUAGAAUAAAAGAGCACAAGCUCAGUGUUUUGU